AUUUUCUGAAUUGAAGGGAACGCUCCUCCCCAGACCGCCAGCGCAUUUCUUAACGAGCGGCUGCUUCUCUUCCCGCCCAGGAAAUACAAAAACUGGCUUGCAUCUAUCAAGAAUCGGUUCUGGGAAAACAGACUGAAAUAUCAGCCGGCCCUGAAAGUCAGGAAAAGGAAAUGCUCUAAAUUCCCGGGCCCAAUGACAGGCGCAGGAACCGCGACAGCCAGAAGACCCACAGAGGAGGCGGGCCCAGGGAAGUGACUGGCACCGGAAGUCACGUGCGCGACUAGGCCUAAAUCCACAAUCCCGGCGGUCGAUUGCUCAGCCUUACGGGCCGCUGGCGGGCUGCGCUGAGAUCCAAUCGUUCGGUGCUCGACUCGCUCGUGCUGCUGCCGCCGCCGAAGGAGGGGCAAAGCUCAAGAUGGCGGACAAAACGCCAGGCGGAUCUCAGAAGGCCAGUUCAAAGACCAGAUCAUCAGAUGUUCAUUCAUCUGGCUCUUCAGAUGCACAUAUGGAUGCAUCUGGACCCUCAGAUAGUGAUAUGCCAAGUCGGACGCGGCCUAAGAGUCCAAGAAAACAUAAUUAUAGGAAUGAAAGUGCCCGUGAGAGCCUUUGUGAUUCUCCUCAUCAGAAUCUCUCAAGACCUCUUCUAGAAAACAAACUUAAAGCAUUCAGCAUUGGAAAAAUGAGCACAGCUAAGCGAACUUUAAGUAAGAAGGAACAAGAGGAAUUAAAGAAAAAGGAGGAUGAAAAGGCAGCUGCGGAGAUUUAUGAGGAAUUUCUUGCUGCUUUUGAAGGAAGUGAUGGUAAUAAAGUGAAAACAUUUGUGCGAGGGGGUGUUGUUAAUGCAGCUAAAGAAGAACAUGAAACAGAUGAAAAAAGAGGUAAAAUCUAUAAGCCAUCUUCAAGAUUUGCAGAUCAAAAAAAUCCUCCAAAUCAGUCGUCCAAUGAAAGACCACCAUCUCUUCUUGUAAUAGAAACCAAAAAACCUCCACUGAAGAAAGGGGAGAAAGAAAAGAAAAAAAGCAACUUGGAACUUUUCAAAGAAGAAUUAAAACAAAUUCAAGAAGAGCGUGAUGAGAGGCAUAAAACAAAAGGCAGGUUAAGUCGAUUCGAGCCGCCUCAGUCAGAUUCUGAUGGUCAGCGUCGUUCUAUGGACGCGCCUUCCAGGAGAAAUCGAUCAUCUGGUGUUCUUGAUGAUUAUGCACCAGGCUCACAUGAUGUAGGCGAUCCAAGUACUACUAAUUUAUACCUUGGAAACAUUAAUCCACAGAUGAAUGAAGAAAUGCUGUGCCAAGAAUUUGGAAGAUUUGGACCAUUAGCUAGUGUGAAAAUUAUGUGGCCUAGAACUGAUGAAGAAAGAGCAAGAGAAAGAAAUUGUGGCUUUGUGGCCUUUAUGAAUAGAAGAGAUGCUGAAAGAGCUUUAAAAAAUUUAAAUGGAAAAAUGAUUAUGUCUUUUGAAAUGAAGUUAGGUUGGGGUAAAGCUGUACCUAUUCCUCCACAUCCAAUAUACAUUCCGCCUUCUAUGAUGGAACAUACACUUCCCCCACCUCCAUCCGGACUGCCUUUUAAUGCGCAGCCUAGAGAACGGUUAAAAAACCCCAAUGCUCCCAUGUUACCACCACCUAAAAACAAGGAGGAUUUUGAGAAGGAAUUUGCUCGCCCUGAUACAUCGAAUGAUAGAGUUUGUUGUACGUGAAGGGCCAAUGUUUGAAGCUAUGAUUAUGAACAGAGAAAUCAACAAUCCUAUGUUCAGGUUCUUAUUUGAAAACCAGACACCUGCCCAUGUUUACUACAGGUGGAAGCUUUAUUCCAUUCUGCAGGGAGAUUCUCCAACUAAAUGGCGGACAGAAGAUUUUCGUAUGUUCAAAAAUGGAUCUUUUUGGAGGCCACCACCAUUAAAUCCAUACCUUCAUGGAAUGUCAGAAGAACAAGAAACAGAAGCUUUUGUAGAGGAACCUAGUAAGAAGGGAGCACUCAAGGAAGAACAGAGGGACAAAUUAGAAGAAAUCUUACGGGGAUUAACUCCAAGAAAAAAUGAUAUUGGAGAUGCAAUGGUCUUCUGUCUUAAUAAUGCUGAAGCUGCUGAAGAAAUAGUGGAUUGCAUUACUGAAUCAUUGUCUAUCUUAAAGACACCUCUUCCUAAAAAGAUUGCCAGAUUAUAUUUGGUUUCUGAUGUUUUGUACAACUCUUCAGCCAAAGUUGCCAAUGCUUCAUAUUAUAGAAAAUUUUUUGAAACAAAGUUAUGUCAGAUAUUUUCAGACCUCAAUGCUACCUAUCGUACAAUUCAAGGCCAUUUGCAGUCUGAAAACUUUAAGCAACGGGUAAUGACCUGCUUCAGAGCAUGGGAAGAUUGGGCAAUUUAUCCAGAACCAUUUUUGAUCAAACUACAGAAUAUUUUCUUAGGACUUGUAAAUAUUAUUGAAGAAAAGGAAACUGAGGAUGUACCAGAUGAUCUUGAUGGUGCUCCCAUUGAAGAAGAGCUUGAUGGUGCACCUCUAGAAGAUGUGGAUGGAAUUCCCAUUGAUGCUACUCCGAUUGAUGAUCUUGAUGGAGUUCCUAUAAAAAGUCUUGAUGAUGAUCUGGAUGGAGUGCCUUUGGAUGCAACUGAAGACUCAAAGAAGAAUGAGCCUAUAUUUAAAGUUGCCCCGUCAAAAUGGGAAGCUGUAGAUGAAUCUGAAUUGGAAGCACAAGCUGUAACAACUUCUAAGUGGGAGUUAUUUGACCAGCACGAAGAAUCAGAAGAAGAAGAAAAUCAAAAUCAAGAAGAAGAAAGUGAAGAUGAAGAUGAUACCCAAAGUUCCAAAUCUGAAGAGCAUCACUUGUACUCUAAUCCAAUCAAAGAAGAAAUGACCGAGUCCAAGUUCUCUAAAUACUCUGAAAUGAGUGAGGAAAAACGAGCUAAGCUUCGUGAGAUUGAGCUCAAAGUUAUGAAGUUUCAGGAUGAAUUAGAGUCUGGAAAAAGACCUAAAAAACCAGGCCAAAGUUUCCAAGAGCAAGUAGAACACUACAGAGAUAAACUUCUUCAACGAGAGAAAGAGAAAGAAUUAGAAAGAGAACGAGAAAGAGAUAAGAAGGAUAAAGAAAAGUUGGAAUCUAGAUCCAAAGACAAGAAGGAAAAAGAUGAGUGUACUCCAACAAGGAAAGAAAGGAAAAGGCGACAUAGUACAUCCCCCAGCCCAUCUCGCAGUAGCAGUGGUAGACGAGUGAAAUCCCCAUCACCAAAAUCGGAGCGUUCAGAGCGUUCAGAAAGAUCUCAUAAAGAAAGCUCCCGGUCCAGGUCAUCUCACAAAGAUUCUCCUAGGGAUGUUAGCAAAAAAGCCAAAAGAUCACCAUCUGGGUCAAGGACACCUAAAAGGUCUAGGCGAUCACGAUCUAGAUCCCCUAAAAAAUCAGGGAAGAAAUCCAGAUCCCAGUCCCGAUCUCCACACAGGUCUCAUAAAAAGUCAAAGAAAAACAAACACUGACAUAUGUUUUUAAGAUGCUGUCACUUAUUGGAAAUGCGAUUUUGUUUUGUGCCUGAAUGGUCUGUUUUUUAAAAAAACAAAACAAAAAAAAUCAAAUGAAAGAGCAUUCCUGGGUUUUUUUUGUUUGUUUGUGAAUGCAUGUGUAAACUCAUGAGUAACUGCAUCUGUAGACCUGUCAUUGUUUUAUAUUGUAUAAAUUACUUUCAUUGUGGCUGUUUCUGAAGAUGAAAUUUUUAUUGUGCUAAUGAAUUUCAUCAGAAAUGUGUAUAAUGGAUCUGCUGGCAGUAGUAGUAUUUUGUUUUAGGAUGUUGUGACUUAGCAAAAAUAAUACAGAUGUCUUCCCCCCUUUUGUAGCUUUGACAAUUUGAAUUAGAUUUCAAAUAAAAUCUGAAUAGAAAAGUAUAAUGUUGUUUUUUUGCCCAGUUGGUGAUAUCAAGUCCCUUGAAUUCCUACAAAGUGAAUUUGGCAUUAAUGUUGUGUUUCUUAUACCCUUUAAUGCACUUUACAGGUUCCAGUGUUCAAGUAGCUGAAGUUUUAUAUUUACUAAGAUGAAUAUCAAAAUUAAGGGACCUGAAACUACUAUUGGUAGGUUUGCUGACUAGUUUUCUUCAGUAAGGUUCUCUUGGAUAAUUCCAAUACCCAGAGAAUGGAAUGCUUGACUUAAACAUUUUUCUUUUUUCAAAUAAGCAAUAUUAUUUGAAUACACUCAACCCAUGUCUUGAGCAACUACUUAUUUUUAGGAGAAAAUGAAAUCUCUUGAUUUUUGUCUUCUAUCAUGGAAAAAGUUUAUUUAUAAAAGAAAUUUUCUAACAAGAUUUGACCAUAGAAUUCUUUCGUAUGAUAGUUGCCCUUUUAUAAUCUUCUGUGAGCUGUCUUUCAAACACCGGUAUCAGAAUAUUUCUAUAAAUUUAUGUUUAAAACAUCUUAAUUUUUAAAAAGAAAGUUUGGCUUUAGGUGUAGCUAUAAGUAAAAUUUAAAAAUACAAUGGUUUUCAGGAAAUUUAACAUCCAAUGGUUUGUAAAUUCAAGGUGCAAAAACCAUUCUCAUUAUCUAUUAUAAAUGAGAAUAAAAUCCCUGUAGUCUGAGAAGAAGAAAAAACUUGUGUAGUGUUGACCAUAAUGUUACUAUAAAUAUAAUGUAAUAAAGGGUUACAUAGACUUGAA